CUGUGGUGGGCAGCUCACAACCACUUGUAAUUCCACCUCCAGGGGACCUGACCCCCAUCUGACCUGCCCUCAGGUAACACAUAUCACUCUCCCCCAUAUACAUAAUUAAAAAUCAAAAAUAACUUUAGUUAGACCAAUUAGUAAUGUAUAUUCCUUCAACACUGAAGAUGACAGUGGGAACAUGGAUCUGUUUGGAGAUAUAGAUGACAUUUCCUCAGAGAGCGAUGAGGACCAGCAAGCACCUACUCCAAGACAGCCUGUUACCUGUGUCUGCCACUCGCAGAGCACAGCUGGAACCUUUGGAGUGUCUUGGAAACAGCAGCUGGAACGCCGCGUCUUUGAAACCAGAGUGAAAAUAGCAGUUCCCAGCAUCAACUCGGACUUGGGAAAUGAACUGUAUUUUGUUAAAUUACCCAGGUUUCUCAGGAUAGAUCCUAAACCAUUUGAUCCUCAGUAUUAUGAAGAUGAAUUUGAAGAUGAGAACGUGCUCUGUGAGGAAGACAAAGCUAGGUUAAAAUUGAAGGUGGAAAAUACUAUACGCUGGAGGAUCUGCCGGGAUCAAGAAGGUUUUAAAACUAAAGAAAGCAAUGCUCGGAUAGUCAAGUGGUCAGAUGGAAGCAUGUCCCUGCAUUUAGGCAAGGAAGUGUAUGAUAUCUACAAAACCCCACUGCAGGACAAUCGAAACCACCUGUUUAUCCGGGAAGAUACUGGUCUCCGUGGUCAGGCCAUCUUUCAGUCCAGACUUACCUUUAGACCUUACUGUACAGACAGGGCCACAUACAAGAAGAUGACCCUUUCAUUUGGGAACAGAAGUUCAAAGACACAGAUCAGAAUUCUCCCGAUGGCUGAUCAUGAUCCUGAGUGGCUAUGCCCAGAUUUGAUCAAGAUGCAGAAAAAAGAACUGAGGGUAUCUACUCCCCGGAAAGUCCGUCUGCGGAGGAAGAGCCGGAUGCAGAGGCAGAAGCAGCAGCAGCGUCCAGGUCGGAGUUCCACCAUCCAGAAGCCUAACCAUGUUGUCGAAGAGGAGGUGGAGGAAGAAGAUGAGGAAGGCAAGGCCUCCAGCGAGGUUACCACUAAAAGCCGUUACCAGGGCGCAGCCAAAAAGAACCAAGCCAUGUCUUCUUCAGAUUGCAAUCAUGAGGGACCAGGGGAAGAAAAAGCCAGAGGAUUACUCAAAGCAAAGAGAUUCAGGAGUGACCGAGGAGACAAACCCUCCAGAAGAAGACAAAGAAGAAAGAGGAGAGCUGAGCUGUAGCUCUGCACUGGUGUCCAGCACAGUCGAGUUGUUAGACCCCUGUUUGUGCUGGGACUGAAUCUCGGGCUUGGUGUGUGCUGAACUGCUUCCUACUACUUAGGUACAUCCCUAGCCCAUCAAAUCUAUCCAAGACAGAACAAUCCCUUUGACCUACAUGAAACAGUGAGAUGGGCUAUGCAGAAAACCCCUAGAUUCCAUUUUCAUUUCAUGUAUGUAUGUAUGCAUGUAUUAUGCAUCUUUUGUUUUGUUUUGA